AUGUGCAUAGGGUCGAAAGGAAGACAAGAGAGACCGAGUCAAAUAGAUGAUACCACAGGGUAUAUAGAAAAUACCACUGUCCGAUCCAAUCGGGGUCUGCAGGAUAUAAAGGAAAAAAUAGUAGAACACCAGCUAAGGUGGUUCGGACAUGUCUCUCGAAUGCCAAAAGACAAAUCAGCAAGACUUACUUAUCAGACGCCUUCGGAAAGAGCAAAGAAGAAAGAUAGAAGACCUAGAGGGCGACCUGGAAAAACGGAAUAA